AUGGUUACAAUCCCUGCCAUUCCAGGAUGUUCUGGGAGUCCUUCCUGUUCCACACGUCCUGCAACUGCCCGCCGGAGGCCUCCCGCAAUAACUGAUGAACAGCUGCGUGAGAUCCUGAACAACCUUGACAUCUCUGAUAUUGAGCUCUCGGAAGAUGAAGAUGACUUGGCCGGAACUGCACCGAUGAACGUCUCUGGCGAAAACGAAGACAGCCCAUCCUCAAACGACGAGCUGUCAGCAACCGAUGAAGAGACGUCCGAUCCACCUGCCAGCAGAAGAGUGUUCUGGAGACUCAAUGCCGAUUUUGGAGAGCCGGCACAGCGUCUCUUGGAGAUGGGAGUAAGCACGGGAAGAGUUGAGCUGCAGAAAGUGCUUCCGCUUGAGAUGUUUCUUCGAUACGUAUCUGGUGAUCUGCUUGCCGUCAUAGCAACAUGUACUAACCAGCGCCUAGCAGAGCAGGGAAAGACUCCUAAUGUCACACCAGGAGACAUCUUCAAGUUCUUUGGCAUCUGUUUUUACACGUCAGUCAUCAAGUUCCCAUGGCUUCGGAUGUACUGGAGCGAGAAGUAUCGUCUUCCAGUGGUUGCCGAUCAAAUGAGCAGAAACAAGUUCUUCAACAUCAGGGCCAAUCUAAAGGUGGUCGAUGAUAAUCGCGUUAGCGAGGACCACAAACAGAAUGAUCGUCUGUGGAAAAUCCGACCACUGCUGGACGCCAUUCGGCAGCGCUGUCUUCAGCUGGAUCGUCCUGAAGCCGUGGCAGUGGACGAGCAGAUGAUCCCGUUCACCGGUACAACCAGCCUGAAACACUACGUGCCCAACAAGCCGAAUCCUGUUGGACUGAAGAAUUGGGUACUGGCGGGUGACAAUGGCCUAAUGCUCGACUUCGAGAUCGAUCAGGGGAAGUCGAAGCUGAUCAGCAUGCUCACUGAUGCCAGACCUGGGGUAGGCCUUGGAGAAGCUGUGGUGCUUCGGCUGUCGGAGACUCUUCCGGUAGAAAGCAAGGUUUACUUCGAUCGGUUCUUCACAUCACUUCCGCUGCUUGAUGCUCUAAGCGACAGGAACCUCAAAGCAACUGGCACUAUCAUGAAAAACAGAAUCCCAAAGCCGGUAAAGAUUCCGACUCAGAAGGACCUGGGAACUCGCGGCACGUCUCAGUGCUCUGUCCGCCAAGACCCAGCAAAAGGACCUCUGGGAAUAACCACAUGGCUGGACAACAAACCCGUGAUCCUUGCAUCCAACCACGAAGGAAUCCACCCGGAGGACGAGUGUAGGAGAUGGAGCAAACGAGAUCGGAAGUUCAUCGCAGUCAGUCGGCCUGCAGUCGUGCGGUUGUACAAUAGGAGCAUGGGAGGGGUAGACCUGCUGGACCGGAUGGUGUCCUACUAUCGGACGUCAGCUCGGACGAAGAAGUGGACGGUGCGCGUGAUACUCCACAUGCUCGAUGUGACAGCCACCAACUGCUGGAUCGAGUACAAGAAUGAGCUGGAAAGAACUGGUCAUGGCGAGCGUAAGGACAUGCUGCAGAUGAUGGACUUCAAGCUGAGACUGGCAGAACAGCUGAUUGAAGAGGGAUCGAGACUAGAUCGUGACAUGGACAGGACGAUGCCAGAAGACGCUGACAACACAGCCGCUCUCCAUGAAGCUGAAACCAGUCGUGCUCUCGUGUUCCUGUUCCUCCCGUAA